CCGGUGCUUUCCGACUGCGAGCUGCGGAGGACCGUCUCGGGUCGCGAUGGCGCUCACCCUGAGCCUCUUGUUCGGCCGUCGUGUCCGCGCCGCUGCUGCCCGCUGUGGGUUCGCGACCCAGGGCGUGGCGGGCCUGGGUCCCGUGAGCCGCGAGCCGGACCCCGAUUCCGACUGGGAGCCGGAGGAGCGGGCGCUCCAGGAGGUGGAGAGCGCUCUGAAACGACAGAAAAAGGCAAUGCGAUUCCAGAAAAUUCGAAGGCAGAUGGAGGCUCCAGGUGCUCCACCCAGAACAUUGACGUGGGAAGCCAUUGAGCAGAUCCGGUAUUUACAUAAGGAGUUUGCAGAGUCCUGGUCAGUACCCAGGUUGGCAGAAGGCUUUGAUGUCAGCACCGAUGUUAUCAGAAGGGUUUUAAAAAGUAAGUUUGUACCCACUUUGGAGCAGAAACGGAAACAGGAUCAGAAGGUCUUGAAAAAAGCUGGUUUUCCCCGAGUGGUUUCUGGAGACGCCUUGAAGCCGCUCAGUGCAGGCCAUUCUCCAUCUGGCCCACUGCUGCUGCCAGCGGAUAAAGGUUCUUCUAAAAGUCAGCCUCACAGCACAGCUUUGCAAGUGGGAGGGUCAGACACUCACAGCACAGGUGCACAGAGGAGACAGGAAGAGAGGAAUAAAAGAGUCCAAGGCUUGGAAGAAAGCUUGGUGCCCACCACUGCAGCCGUGGAGCAUCAGAGAGAGCUUCAGAAAGACACCACCAGAAGAGCUGACAACGACAGAUGGCCAGGUGUUGAGAAGCUGGAGGAGGUGAAGGCCGGGGAGCCAGGUGACCAGAACUUCAGCAGCAGAGUAGUACAGAGGGGGCGCGAGUUCUUUGACAGCAAUGGGAACUUCCUCUACAGAAUUUGAACCUUGACCUGGCCUUUGGAGAGUCUUUGACACAGCUGGGCAAGUAGAUUUGAACUUGCCAGCAUUUCUGCAUGAGUGGCCACUUUGGAAGAAGAAUUGAGGCUAGGAUGUGGGUGGAGGAGCUACUUGACUAGAGUCAGAUUUCCUGGAGUAAGCCUCACUGAAUCCCUGUGGAUCUAAAUACUCAUUCAUCCUUUUUGCUUGGUGUCUGUUGAGAACAAGUAUGAACGUGUGAUGUGUCAUGACUUUCUUUGUGUGUUAUUGUGUUGGGAGGAAAUGGAAAGUAUGCCUCCUGACCUCAUUUCCUUGAUCACAACACUAACUAUUCUUGAACUGCUUAAUCAUUCGGUUUCCUUAUGCGAAAUAAAGUAAAACGGAACAGUU